AUGUCGUCGACGACAAAGCUGGGGAGACUCUGGGCCAAGAACCCUCCCCCUGAUAACGCUGAUGCUUGCCUACCUUCAAAGAGCUCGCGGUGGGACUCGUCGCGGUUUCGGAAGUUCCUGAGCGGGCAUGACAAACCCCCAGAAGACGACUCCCUACAGACCCCCCCAGUGAACCCGGAUGCUUCUCCCAAGGCCGAACACGACCCAAUUGGUCUUGUGGCCGAACAUGAUGCCACUGCUCCUGGCGAGCCUCACAAUAUAUGGGUUCGAGCAGAAAAGAAAUUAACUAAGAAUGACAAAACAAACAAAGUAUGGCAACAAUACCUUGAGAUCCUGGAAUCGGAGCUCGGAGCAAAACUCGAACCCAGCGGGACUGUCGAGCGUCAGCAACAGCUAUACAAACUUCUCGAGAUCAAAGCCAAAGAGCUGGUUGACAAAAGGUGGAAAGUCCAAUUGGGUGGUCAUGAAAUACAAGUCAGGACUAUAAUAACUCAAGCUUGCAAAAACCUUUUACAUGCAAAGGAUCAAAUUCAAGGGGUAGCCAAGCAUAUCGCUCCUCAAGCAGUGCACGCUUGUACCGGAAUGGCCAUGGUUCUCACCCUUAUCAUCCAGGCCGCAGAGCACAACGCCGCCCUUCUUAAGGGCUUGAAAUGUACUUCUGCGUUAAUCUGCCGCCUCCCCAUUAUGGAAGAUCUCUAUCUACCGACGCAGCCUUGGUCUGCCAGGCCAGCACAUUUCGACGCAUUUCAGCAGAAAUUUGAAGAAGGUCUAACGACAUUAUAUUCUCUGGUUCUCGAAUAUCAGGCACGGGCUCUUCGCUACCUAAAGCGUGUUUGGGCCGCCCAGGUCCUGAGAGACAUGGCGAAGCUAGAUACGUGGGAAGGGCUUCUAAUGAGCAUCGAAAAGUCCGAGGACGCUCUGCGAAGCUACACCCAACUCCUUGACGCCGAGGAGAUGAAGAGGCGGUUUGACGAAAUUCGUGAAACGCAAGAGAAUGACGUUAGGUUUCGUAUAACAUCGACUCUAGAUCAGAAAGUGAACAAGUGUCUUCAAAUCCUCGACACCUGCCCCUAUCGAGAGCGGAAAAACAGAAAUACCAAGCGCGUGUUAGGAACGUGCGAAUGGUUCACUUCUCAUCCUCGCUUCCAUGAAUGGCAGAACAAAGGCUCCGGCCUACUCUGGGUGUCUGCCGAUCCAGGAUGCGGGAAGUCUGUCCUGGCCAGGUACCUGAUUGAUGAGGUCGUUCUCAGCACUAGUCAAAGAACUACGUGUUACUUCUUCUUCAAGGAUGAUUCUGAAGACCAAAAGACCGCCGCGAAUGCGAUCUGUGCGAUCCUGCGCCAGCUUUUCUUGGAGAAACCCGAUCUUUUACAGGAAUCAAUUCUUAGCGAGUUUCAAACAAAGAAGGACACGCACGUCUCGUCGUUUUCCGAUCUGUGGAAUACUCUUCUGAGUGUCGCCGCAGAUCCCAAUGCUGGAGAGAUUGUGUGCAUUCUGGAUGCAUUGGACGAGUGUCAGGACCGCGACCGAUCCCGGCUCAUUCAGGCUUUAACAGAACUUUACUCUACCAACUACCUGUCCAACUUGAAGUUUCUCUUGACCAGUAGACCAUACGGUCACAUAGGACGCGAAUUCCGGGAGCUGGAGAAACUGCUACCGUCCAUUCAUCUCAGAGGCGAGAACGAUGACGAAAUUAAGAAGAUUUCUUUGGAGAUAGACCUCGUCAUCAGAAGCAGAGUCGAAGAUAUCGGCAAUAAGUGGUCUCUCAAGCAAUACGAGCGCGUCUUUCUCCACGAGCAGCUCACGGCCGUCCCCUUUCGCCAGCGUAGCUAUCUCUGGGUCCAUCUAACCCUAGAUGCCAUCGAAAAUAUGGAAGGCUUCACGAAAGGCGGCGUCAGGAGAGCAGUACAACAAUUGCCACAGAGCGUCGACGGCGCCUACACCAAGAUCCUAGAAGGGAGUCGGAACCCCGAAAAGGCCAGAAAACUCCUCCAUAUAAUCAUUGGAGCAACGAGACCGCUCACGGUGGGAGAAAUGGCGAUGAUGAUGGCCCUCGACGGAAGUCAUAAAUCAUAUGACGAUAUUGAACAGGAACUGGAGCCGGACGAGCGAUUUGAAACCACUCUCCGAGACAUCUGUGGCCUUUUUGUCGUCAUCAUAGACAAGAAGGUCUAUCUACUCCAUCAAACGGCGAAAGAGUUUCUAGUGCGGGACAAUGCCUCGCCACUAACAGACUCCCACCCCUGGAAGCAUUCGAUACAACUUGAGGAGUCACAUAGGCUGCUCGCCGAGAGAUGCAUUUGGUAUCUGUGUUCAAACUUCAUUGAGGCUAGUGGAGGAGUCUUGCUUGACUAUGCCUGCUAUAACUGGCCCAGUCACUUUCGCGAGGCUGGUAUAAGUAGCAACGAGAAAAUAACCGUGUUGGCACGGAAGCUGUGCAAGGAAGGUUCGAAGGAAUAUACCGUAUGGUUUGGUAAGUACGGAUCAAGAUACUGGUUUCCGAAGUCCAGCAGUUCCCUUCCCAUGGCGUCGUAUUUCGGACUUGCCGGGUUGGUGGAGCUGCUCCUCGAGAAGGGCGCGGCGCUGGAAUCGAGGGAUUCAAGAUUCGAUCGGACGCCGCUGUUUUGGGCUGUGCGGAAUCGGCACGAGGCCGUGGUGAAGCUCCUCCUCGACAGAGGCGCCGAGGUAGAUACUAAGGACAAGACUGGACAGACGCCGCUGGUGUGGGCAAGACACCGCGGGCGUACGUCGUUGGUAAAGCUGCUGCUCGAGCAUGGCGCCACCAAUCCGGCGUGA